AUGAAGUUCCUGCGUCGGGCCAGAGGAUUCAGCACAUCCCGCUUCAAGACGUACACAAUGACCCGCUUCCCGGAGCUGACCAAGUUCCUCGAGCUCCUUGACCUUCCUCUCAUAGCGACGUACCAGACACACGCGAUGAUCUCCACGGCCAUCGCGCGCCACUCCAUCUUCGCCAUCGACCACGCGCUCCGGACGCACCCCGACGCGCAGUUCGUCAUUGUUUUGGAGGAAGACGUGCAGAGCAAAUUGUCCCUCAUUUUAAGCUUCCUGAACAAGACGGCCUCACUCCUGCUAGAAGAUCCGAGCCUGUACUGCGUAUCCGCCCACAACGAUAUUUCGUACCCGCAGACGUCGUAUGACCCGCGGGCGGUUCUCCGCACAGAGAGCUACCCGAACUACGGCUGGAUGCAAUACCCUGCACUGUUCGUGUUCAAAUCUAGUUUCGCGUCGCAGGUGAAACGAAGCUUUGCGGAGGAGAUGGUCUCUUCUCUGUAUUCCAUCGACGUGGAAUUCGACUGGGACGUGGUCACUUACUACUAUCUGAGGCGUGGGCGUGAGUGCAUCAUCCCGGAGGUAGGCGCGGAGUUAUACCGUUAUGUGGAUAUAAAAGGUAUUUGGGUGUCUCGCUCGUUUCACUUCGCUCACGACGGCUCGCACAUAACCCAGGUCUCCGUCAGGAGGUAUUUCUCAAAUAAAAACCUUAACGAGGACCCACAGGCAUUCGUGGAAGGAGUGGACCAAUUGUACAAAGACAAAUACGAAGCCACUCUCGUCUCAAUGCUGAAAAGGGCAAAGUUCCUACUGCUUCCGGAGGAGACGCCUUGCCAACGAGAUUUCUUCAGGAAAAUCAGUGUUCGAGAGAAUGAUGUCCUCGUCCUGUUCUUUAAGCUGGAUGAAGAUAUUAAAGGAUUUAGAAACAACGUUGUAUGGGAGACUCUAGCUCAUUGCUUGAAUAUUUUUGGCAUCGAGUCUAGGGAAGGUCACCAAGGACUGUACAGGCUGCGGUACGGCCCUGCUCAUUUCCUGCUUGUGGCUCAUCCCGCUUCACCUUACAGUUCCUACAAGCCCGCGGAAGUGAGCGUCUUCAGCGCCUCGCCUGAAGAAGUCCUUUUCGCUCGCAACGCCACGGCCAUCCACGAAGAACCCAACCCGCUGCCUUACGAUAUGCACCAUUUCUUAGAAACGGAUAUCCCCCUUAAUCGCAAUAAAACCUGA